GUUGUAGUUCUUCAUGUUGUUCCCUGAAGACGAGGUCGACCUGUCAGCAUGCAGUCGGAGCAGCUGAUUGGCUGGCAGCAGGAGAAGGCGGAGCUUAAACGUGAGGUGUGUCGUCUGCAGGAGGAGCUGGCUGAGAGUGGAGCAGAGAGGGAGGAGCUAGAGUCCAGGAGCAGGGCUCUGAAUGACCGGCUGUUCCAGUCAGUGUGUCCCUCACUCGCCCUCUCUCUGCGGGGGGAGAGUGAGCAGAGGGAGUGGAAGAGGAGGGUGAGGGAGGGGAGGGAGAGGGAGGCCAGACAGGCUCUGCUCAUCCACCGCCUGCAGAACAAGGUGUUGGAGUACAGAGAUCAGUGUCAACAUCUGGAGCUUCAGCUGGAGGACCGAAAUACACAUCUGCUCAGCACCGAGAGGAGGAUCAGGGAUGAACACAGUGAUUCUCUGGAGAGCGCCCUCAUCAGGCUGGAGGAGGAACAACAGAGGUCUCUCGGUCUGGCUGACACAAACGCUCUCCUCCGGGAGCAGCUCAGCCAAUCAGAGCAGGCCAACCAGGCCCUGAGGGAGGACCUCCAGAAGCUGACAUGUGAUUGGACCAGAGCGGUGGAGGAGGCGGGGCAGAGAGAGGAUGAUUGGCAGAGAGAGAGGGAGUGUCUCUCAGGUCAUGUGGGUCAGCAGCAGGAUCGGUUGCUCUCAGUUUGGAGGUCUGUUGUUGCUCUGAGGCGAAACUGUCACACCGUCAAAACCGCCACAGACAGGGACUUGUGGCAGUUGAGGGCGGAGUUUUCUCGUCUCUCCUCGUCUCUCCUGUCCAGCUGUGACUCCGUCUCCUCCUCUCUGAGGCUCAGUUCUCUCCCAUCAAACCCUCCUCCCCUGUGCCUCCCCCUCUUCUCCCAUCUGACCUCCCUCCCCCCCUCCCCCCACACUCCUCUGUCCUCCACCCUGAGCUAG